AUGGCGAAUGCGACGGAUCUUGAUGGUAAUCACACCUCUCGGGAUCAUUACGAGAAUCCGUACUUUCUCCAUUCUUCGGACCAUGCUGGAUUGGUACUUGUUUAUGAUCAAUUGACUUAUGGAUCUGAGUUUCAUUCUUGGAGACGCUCGAUACGUAUGGCAUUGAAUGUUCGUAACAAGCUUGGCUUCAUUGACGGCACGAUUCCUCAACUUCCAUCGAGUGAUCGUCAUGCUGGUUCUUGGUCAAGGUGUAACGAUAUGGUGGCGACUUGGCUUAUCAAUUCUGUUUCCAAGAAGAUUGGACAAAGUCUUUUAUUCAUGCCUACGGCUGCAGCUAUUUGGACGAACCUUAUGUCUCGCUUUAAGCAAGAUGACGCUCCUCGGGUGUAUGAGAUAGAGCAGCGUCUUAGCUCGAUUCAGCAAGGUUCGAUGGAUGUGAGUACUUACUACACUGAGCUUGUUACACUAUGGGAAGAACAUAAGAACAAUGUGGACUUGCCAGUUUGUACUUGUGGCCAUUGUGAAUGUGAUGCAGCUAUGCUUUGGGAGAGAUUGCAACAACGAAGCCGUGUUACCAAGUUUCUUAUGGGACUGAAUGAAGCUUAUGAACCAACGCGCCGUCAUAUCCUUAUGUUGAAGCCAAUUCCGAUGAUUGAUGAUGUGUUCAGCAUGGUAUCUCAAGAUGAAAGGCAGAAGAAUCUAAAUCCUUCUAUCAAGACAGAUGCAGUUGUGUUUCAGACUUCGGCUCCUCCUGAUGCAGCUCCUAUUGGUUUCUAUAAUGGCCAACUUGACAACGCUGCUUAUGCUGCUCAGUAUCGUCCUUAUAAUAAGAUGGUUUGCACACACUGUGGUCGCACUGGUCAUACUAUUCAGAAAUGCUACAAAUUGAAUGGUUAUCCUCCAGGACACAAACUGCAUAACCGUUCUUUUGGUCAAGCUCCUGCUCGCAGCAAUCUUCAGAAUGGUCAGCGUAGCUCUCCUUAG